GGGGCACUGCAAUUCCUUGCACGUUCUCCUUUGUUAUGGGCAGACUAAUGAAUCCCCUUACAUGGGAAAUGCACGCUGUAGCAUUAUUUGUCCUUUGUGUAGUGCAGCUGUAGAAAAUAUUGGCUAAUAAACUUCUCUUCUAAACUAACAGGCGACUCAUUGGUUAAAGCACAAAUUAGGCCUGGAAUGAGCAGCAAGUGGCCCUCCAGGCGGUGCCGGGGCCGGUAUUACGAACGUAGUUGCCGGGGAAGUUCAGUGAAAAAGUCGUCUUCUGAACAGAACAAAUGGCAGCAGAGAAGAAUCUUGUGUACAGGUGUAUUGAAUGCAGUAAGGAAUCCAGAGAACUGUACAGAGACUACAAACACGAAAUCAUGUCAGAAGCCAGUGGACAAAUACAUAGAGUACGAUCCAGUCAUUAUACUGAUUAAUGCAAUGCUAUGCAAAGCACAGGCAUACAGACAUGUCCUUUUCAACACUUCAAUAAAUAUCCAUGGGAAGCUAUGCAUAUUUUGUUUGCUUUGCGAGGCUUACACCAGAUGGCUGCAGCUGCCAGGCUCCAGCAAUAUAACUGACCCAGAAGAUAUCAUUCGAUACGCCAAAGAAUGGGAUUUCUACAGGCUGUUUGGAAUAGCUGCUCUUGAGCAAACUGCUUACCUCACUGGGGUCUUCAUCGUUCUGUGUCUAGCAAGGCCCAAAUCUCUUCACUCAUAUUCGGACUUUGCUUUGCUUUUAAAAGCACUUUUGCUGUCGAACUAUGGAAAGCUUUUAUUGAUUCCGGCAGUUAUUUGGGAGCAUGAUUACACCAACCUGUGUCUCAGGCUCAUAACACUUUUUGUCUUAACAUCAAAUAUGCAAGCAAUACGAGUAACCCUAAAUGUAAGCAGAAGGCUGUCAUUUUUAGCAAUCCUUUGUGGACUACUUUUUGAAGCUGCACUAUUUUACAUCCACCAUGAACAAUAAGACAUUUGAACUGAGCAGAUUUUUCUAUCCUUGGGAAUAUACUGUAUUUUGACCAUGUUAUUUAUCUUUUUUUUUUUUUUUUUUUU